AUGCCCUCCCUUCCGUUCGCAGACCGCAUCUCCUCGGCGGCCAACAUGCGAGGCAAUAGCGACGCUGGCGAGGCCGAGUCGCUUCUCGGGCGUGGCCGGGAGAAGGCACGCCGCUUCUGGGACGGAUUCAUUGAUUUUGCUCUGCAGGGCAACAUCCUCGAGAUAGCCUUUGGGUUGAUCAUCGCCGCCGCCUUCACGACCCUCGUAAACAGCUUCGUGCAGAACAUCAUCAUGCCCCCCAUCUCCGUCAUCCUCCCGCUCAACCGCAACAUGGAGCAGAAGUUCGCCGUCCUUCGGGGCGGACCCAACUACGCCCACAACAACACGUACACAACCCUCGAGCGCGCCAAGGAUGACGGCGCUGUCGUCCUGGCCUAUGGCUCUUUUCUCAACCAGCUCGUCUCCUUCCUCUGCAUUGGAGUCUCCCUCUACGGCCUGGCCCAUGUCUUUCAGUUCUUCUCCCCAGAGCCAAUUAUUAAGCAUACCGUUAAGUGCAAGUACUGCCGCAAGCGGAUUAGCAGUAAGGCGCAACGUUGUGUCAACUGCACCAGCUGGCAGGAUGGCCGCGAGGACCGGGUUCACUGA